AUGGAAUGCACCCUGGGAGGGAAGGCCUAUAUGAUAUAUGUGGCAUGGAGUAAGAUGUCUGCCAAAGAUAACUCUUUAUUUGUGAUUGUCAUUUAGUUUUAGAAAUUUCCAAUUUCCGUUUUGUGUUAAGUAUUGAAUUAGGAAUAAAUAACAGGGCUCCAUAUGGCAUAAUACGUUGGAAACUCAUACAGUCAAGGUAUUACACAGCUAUACACAUAACAUGUUAGGAAAUUCCACACCUUGUAGUCCCUUAUUUUCUGUACCAUAGUACGGUUAUUGAAUGCCCAAAGGAACUGAGACAUAACUACUAACUCAGAAAUACCAAUGGGUAAUAACUAGUUUGUUUCUUGUUUUCAUACGUUUCAGUAAGUUCCUGCCUAAAGCAAUCCGUUCAAAGGAAUGUAAACUUGUCAUCUGUAUAUGAUGACAAGAAGCCUGUUCCUGGUUUUAGGAGAGAAGCUAUGCCCCUAGGCCAUUCUGCAUGCAAGGGAUCAAGGUCCAAAGAUAGCAACAAUUAG